AGAGGCAAUCGAUUCGCUGAAGCAGCAGACAACAUUGUCACAUUGGGGAAUGGUGCUCGUAUUACGCAGAUCACCGUCCGCAUAUCCCAACCACUAGCCCGAAUCCAGCGUAAAACAUAGGCUCGGAUCUCGGGAACGUCGGACAAAGAAGCGUCGAAGGAAUGCUCCCCACCAAAGCCGAAAAUAGAAUAUGGCGCCACGUGUAUCUCUCUGUUUAAUCCCCCAUAUACCCGUCACCGCCAAUGUUUAGGCGCGUGCAAGCCGCAAAAUACCAUUUUCUUCAACCAAGGUCCCAUAACAUACCACUGCCGUGCAAUCGCUCGAAUCAGGCCACUCUGUGAACCCCCACAACAACCCUCAAAAUGCAUAAGCUGACUUCCUCGCUUGACCCCUUAUACUCCUCGGGUGGGAAGGGCUCAAUGCGAUAUUUCUUUCUCCACGGAGGGUAUUCCCGGUUACCCUUCCCCGAUGAUGAGGUUUCGGUCGAGGCCAAGGUUCUAGUCUUCAAUGGACAGGGCAAGAUUGUAUUCGACCACAGCACAGAUGAACCGACCUCCCGGUACCACUUCGUCAAUCGCGCCUUGGUAUCUGUCGAUGACCGACAAGACACCUAUGUACCAGCUAGAACCUUCAUAGAAACAUUAUUGAAAAACAUUUCCAUCCCUACACUACUAUUCGCUGAGAUUCCACGGGACCAGGUCAUUGCGGGGGAUUCCGAGGAGGAUAGCCAAUUUCUAUACGUCGCCCUCGUCACGCUGGGCCGCACCGGCCUCGAUCAAGCCUCCUUCCAAGACUACGAAUACCUGAAGAGCAUGCUGCACAGCUUCGUGCCGCGCUUUGCGAGGAUCGUCUCGCAGAUCAGCGACGCGUACCUCCCCGGAGACGCUCGCAACCUCUCUGACCAGAUCGCCGGCCUGAUGAUGCCCGACCCGGCAACAGAGGAGACCAAGGAUCUCCACAAUUUCCUCGUGCUCUACGCCAAGCGAUACGUCCAUGAAGCCUUGAGCGCGGAGGAGAUCCUGAAGCGGUGCUUGAUGCACAUGGUCAAGAUGCCGUUCGAGCUGGAGUCGUCGAUCCGGUAUGGGCUGAUUGUAAAUUGAUUUGUUAGGCCAGGGUGGGGAUUGAACGGUUUAGUGGACUAAACUUGAGUAGCGUAUCCGAGCUUUUGGGUUUGAUAUAUAUAUGAUGCGCAUGUCUAUGAGGGUCCUGAAUCCCA